AUGCAGCGGAGCCUCAUUCCCGGCCACAACAACAACCGCCACCUGGCCUACGAAGAGGUCGAGAACAACAUCGGUGGGCUGCCGGUGACGGACAACCGCAUCCAGGAGUUGUUCGAUUCCCUGGACGUGAACCACAGCGGCGCAGUGCCGGUAGAGGUGGUGAAGAAGUUCUACGUUGGCCUCGAGCACUACGGCCUGAACCUCUCUGAGAAAGAGAUCGACGAAACGGUGCGCAAGCACGCUGCAACACACGAUGACACCCUGACCUAUGAGGAGUUUGCAUGCUUCGUGCUCAGCCUUGCGCAGUGGUAA